ACCUCUUGGAUCUAGCAUCACGCUUCCUCUUCAGUCAGUUGGGUUACGGGGAGCCUAUCCACGUUUGAGCAGCAGCAGCAUCAACGCACUGUCAUCCUGUUGACAAAAUUCAAGCUGGGGAUAUAGUGAAAUCCAUGUCCAUAAUUACGAGGAGCAGUCCAUCACAGAGCGGGUCCUGUGAUCCAAUCCAGCUCAACUCUCCGCCAUCCUAUUGAGGGUAAACUGGAAAGCUGCCUGACAAACACUCCCCAGAGAUUCCUGAGCUCCAUCCUGCCUUUCAGGUGAUAAACCCCUGCCUUUGAGAUUCCUCGACCCUUCAAUAAUGGAGGACGGCUAUCAGAACAAGACAGCCUUUAUAAAGGGCGCCAAAGACAUUGCCAAGGAGGUCAAGCGGCAGGCGGCCAAGAAAGUGGGCCGCGGUGUGGACAAGAUGACCGACGAGUACAGCAAACGCUCAUACGCCCGCUUUGAGGAAGACGACGACGAUGACUACCCUGGAGUGCCUGGGGGGCAGGACAGUGGCUACAACCAGGGCGACAGCCAGGCAGCCAAUGACGAUGAAGGUGGCCACAGCGACUCCACAGAGGGCCACGACGAAGACAACGAGAUCUACGAGGGCGAGUACCAGGGCAUUCCCCGCGCUGACUCGAGCAAGGCUGCUGACAGCCUAGCAGGGGGAGAUGGGCAGCAGUUCAGGGACAUGGCACAGUUUGAGGGGGAGCGGCGGAAGGAUCAAGAAGAGCUAGCCCAGCAGUACGAGACCAUCCUGCAGGAGUGCGGCCAUGGAAAGUUCCAGUGGACCCUCUACUUUGUGCUGGGGCUGGCCCUCAUGGCGGACGGUGUAGAGAUUUUUGUGGUGGGCUUUGUGCUCCCCAGUGCUGAGAAAGAUAUGUGUCUGUCAGAGGAAAGCAAGGGCAUGUUGGGUCUGAUUGUUUAUCUGGGAAUGAUGGUCGGUGCAUUCGUGUGGGGUGGGCUCGCUGAUCGGAUAGGCCGACGGCAGUCCCUUCUCAUUUGUCUCUCCAUCAACAGCGUCUUCUCCUUCUUCUCCUCCUUUGUCCAGGGCUACAGCACCUUUCUCUUUUGCCGACUACUUUCUGGUGUUGGGAUCGGUGGUUCCAUCCCCAUUGUGUUCUCCUACUACUCAGAGUUUCUGGCCCAGGAGAAACGUGGGGAGCACCUCAGUUGGCUCUGCAUGUUCUGGAUGAUUGGUGGCAUCUAUGCCUCAGCUAUGGCAUGGGCCAUCAUCCCACAUUAUGGCUGGAGUUUCCAGAUGGGGUCAGCGUACCAGUUCCACAGCUGGCGUGUGUUCGUCCUGGUGUGUGUAUUUCCCUCUGUUGCGGCUAUUGCUUCUCUCACCACCAUGCCAGAAAGCCCGCGCUUCUUCUUACAGAAUGGCAAACACGAUGAAGGCUGGAUGAUUCUGAAACAAGUUCACGACACCAACAUGAGAGCAAAGGGACACCCAGAGAAGGUAUUUUCUGUCACCACCAUCAAGACUGUAAAGCAGAUGGACGAACUGUUGGACAUGGGAGGAGACAUAUCAACUUUGCGACGCUAUAAAUUGAAGCUGACCAGCCUAUUCCAACAGGUGCGGAGUAACUUCUUGGCCAUCUUCAAUCCAGAAUACAGAAGGACCACCUUCAUGAUGAUGGCUGUCUGGUUUACCAUGUCGUUCAGCUACUAUGGGCUGACAGUGUGGUUCCCUGACAUGAUCAAGUACAUCCAGAAGCAGGAAUAUGCCUCGCGCACCAAGUUCUUCACCAAGGAGCGAGUGGAGCAUGUCACUUUUAACUUCACCUUGGAAAACCAGGUGCACCGCCAAGGACAGUACUUCAACGACAAGUUCAUCAACCUUAAGAUGAAGUCCAUGGUGUUUGAGGACUCAUUGUUUGAGGAGUGCUACUUUGAGGACAUCACCUCUAGCAGAAGCUUCUUCAGAAACUGCACCUUCAUCUCAACCCUCUUUUACAAUACAGACUUGUUCCAGAACAGAAUCAUCAACAGCAAACUGGUAAACAGCACCUUCCUACACAACAAGGAAGGCUGUCUGCUGGACUUCACUGAUGACAACAACGCCUACAUGAUCUACUUUGUCAGUUUCCUGGGCACAUUGGCCGUGUUACCCGGCAACAUUGUGUCAGCCCUGCUGAUGGACAAAAUUGGACGUCUGAGGAUGUUGGCGGGAUCAAGUGUCAUAUCUUGUGUCAGCUGUUUCUUCCUGUCAUUCGGCAGUACCGAGUCGGGAAUGAUCGCCCUUUUAUGUCUCUUUGGCGGCAUCAGCAUAGCUUCAUGGAAUGCCCUGGAUGUGUUGACUGUAGAACUGUACCCCUCGGAUAAAAGGACCACUGCAUUUGGCUUCUUAAAUGCCCUUUGCAAGUUGGCUGCUGUUCUGGGCAUAAGCAUCUUCCAGUCCUUCGUAGGCAUUACCAAAGCUGUGCCCAUCUUGUUCGCUGCGGGAGCACUCGCUGCCGGGAGUUUCCUAGCACUGAAGCUGCCUGAAACACGGGGCCAGGUGCUGCAGUAGCACAAUUCACCACCAGAAGGCAGCGGAGUGUAGCUUCGGUGGCCACAUUACAACCAGAGCUUGACCAACCGUACAAUCUCAGCCUUUAGCAAUCUAACGUUGCUCAUUAAACACACAAAAACAGACUGUCAUCAACAGUGUCACAACAGUCCCAGAUUACUGAGAAAAUAUGAAGAUAGCAUCAUACUUAAAAUGCAGAUGUGACCCAUAUAGCCAGCACAGACUAACUGGCAUCUUCACCACAGCAUAAAAUAGCACAUUGGGUUUGCUUCUCAGAGACCCUACAGAUUAGACAGAAUGAAAUCCUGCCAACAAAGAUAUAAGCUUAUAAACCACUGCCAAAGGAUACAAAGAUACUGCUUGAUAGCUACAAUGCCUAAUUGGGGAUACUUCCCAACAAAAAAAGAUCAAACAUCUAUACACCCUCAAUUCAUCCUAGCACCCAUAUAUGACCCUAACACCAAAUAAUAUGAGGUUAAAGAUGCCUUCCAACAGAUUUCCACCUGAAAAUAGCUUUCACUGUAACUUAGCUUUCCACUGAAUUUACAUAUCUUAUUGGCUUCCUCUGAAAGAGAAUAUUGCAGACAAUAUUUCCCUUGCCAGGUGACAUGCACCAAGCUCCCUGCAUCAAAAUAAUGAUAUAGAUUAUGUGUUCAAACUUGGCAUUGAUACUAGUUAUUUGAUCAUAUAGAAAAUGGACUGUACAUGUGUGUUGAAGAUAUAUUGCAAGACAAUGAAUAAUGACAGGACAAAUAAGUGGUAAAUAUUUAAGUUUAUUUAUUGAUGGUAAUUCGAAGGGAUCGGUUUUGUUGAUAUGCACACAAAAAAAUUACUUUGUACUGUAUGUUUGUAUGUUUGUCCACAUCAAAUUUACAUCAAGCAGUGAAAUAUACGUCUAAAUAGUUAUAUGUUGUGUGCGUAUUAGGGAGAAAGAUGGAGAAAGUGUUGCAUCCUUCUGUAUGUUUUUGUAAUUGGUUCAAUGAGACUUCUGAGGAACUUAUUCAUGUACAUUGAUCUACAUUGAUAAAGUGCAUCAUUAUGGUUCUGUAAAGAUAUUGGAAAAACAGACAAAGAUGAGUAAAUAAGAUGAGAACCUAUUUAACACAUCAGUUGGAGAUAUCCUUUCAUUUUGAAAGGCUAGAUUAUUGUUACUUUAGAAUAGCUCAUGCUUCCUGCGUCUCACAUAGUGGUCUUAUGCUCCCUCUUCAUCAGCAUGUUUAACAUUCCAGUUAGCUAAGGCCAACAUGUGCCCUCUGCUGUCUAUGAAGGCCUAAAGAACAUUACACCUAGGAGGACCAAAGUCAGUCGGUUCAGUCGUUAAACGAUGCAGUAUUAAUGAAGCACAAAUGAUUCCGUAUACAAUGUUACUAAGCACAUUGUCCUUCAGUCAUGCAGCUCAUGGGAAUAGAACCAUAGCAACUAGUCACUCACAGAUUCAUUUGAAGGGCUCAAUUAAAUCCAAACUGUGUUGUGUUUUUCCACAGUAGUAUAAAACACAAUUUUCUCUGUGAUAAGAAAUGUUCAAGUUAUUGUGUGUCCCCCCCUCUCGAAAAAUCCCCUCAAAGGAAGAUGCCUACAGUUUUCAGAAUAACAUGUGUACAAGGGUAUGUAUGUACAUUGGCAAGGCAGGCUUGGUUGAAUCUAGCCCUAUGUCUUUGUUGAUUAUUAUGUGCUUACCUGUCACCGUGUCCACGCCAUCCCUUCUAAAUCUUUGUGUCACAAGUGUGGUGACAAUCAGUGAGAGAGCUGAUCUCUCCAUUGCUCAACUGUAGUCUGAGUGUGAUAUCUGACUGCAGGGCUAUUGGGCUUGUUGAAUGUGUAGCCUGCGGGAUUUCUCUGUUGCUGUGUGCUUGGUACAAGUGAGUGUCUGAUGUGGUGCUGGAUUUAUUUAUUACAAUCAGAUCUCUUUAGUGUUGCGUAUGUCUGUAUAUGACAUCUAUUGUUAUUUGUGUUUGCACAUAACUGACAAAUUUGUGUGUUUGAGUGAGUUUGCAAAAGAUACUUGUAAAAUAAUGUGUUCAUGUUUGAGAGUGUAGAUUGAAUUUGUAAUCUCUGUUGUACUCUCUCUCUCUCUGUGUGUGUGUGUGAGUGUAUGUGUGUGUGCGAGCGCCAAAUAUUUUUCUACUUCUGUUCUGGUGUUUUAAUCCCAAAGAACGAGCACAGGUCAAUAGGGGCCAAUAUAACAUAUCUAUGAACUAAAAGACUAAUACAAUAGAUAUUUAGAUCAAUUUGAUGUUCUUUAUAGUGUCAGCCUUGGGCGCUCCUUUGCUGAUUAGGUCUCCGCCAAACAAAUGUUUGCCCCUGAAAACAUUUUGUCUCUGUGAUUGCCUGACAGGUUGCAUGGUAAUCAUAACAUUUGUUCAAAGUAAAUUCAAAUGAAAUGUGUUAGCAAUUGCAGAGUGGUUUUGGGGAGUGUCAUAAUCCCAGGCAUCCUCCCUUUAGAUAGAUGCUUGUUGUUUCCAGCAUAAGAAUCUGGACCCAAGUUUUAGACCCAUCAACCUUUAAACUUUUCUCUGUUCAUAUCUCUCUAAGAUCAAAGGUCCGUGUGGCAGGCUUGUGAAAGUAGCCCUCACAGUAAACAGGAUGUUAAGCAUGCUUGUGGUGUCUGAUCUCUUUGGCUGCCCUGUAUGCCUGGUCUGUUUGUCCAAAGCAGGAGCUGCUUUUGUAUUGCUGUCUUAUGGUGACACUUUGGGUCUUUGUGUAACAGUAUCAGUUCUAUGAUUGCUUUUGAUCAGAGUGGGAUGACUUGGUGCAAGUUUAGUCUGUGUUUUUUUAAAGUAAAACAUUUUUGGUGAGCCUAUUACUUUCUUUGAAAUUGUUGUACUUCUCUAUGCUUUCAGUGGGGGUUAAAGUUCCAAGGAGAAAAGAAAUCAAAGCAAUAAAAGGGACAUAUUUCUUAGUGAAUAGGCACAAGCAAGUAGGUAUUUCAAAAGGACCACCAUGUUUACGUCAAAAGAGCUCCUUUAGUCUAUUAACACUCAUGUCCACUUAAGAUGAAACUGCCAUUAUUGAAAUGUGACUUAAACAUCAACGUGCUAUCAUUGUACUGUGUGUAGAAACUGUAGAUGUUUGUACGUAUGAGAAUAAAAUAUGUGGACAAGAAAAGAUCAAGGAAAACACUUUGACAAUACUAUCAACAUGACAGAACACUAUUGUAUGUUGUUUUUGUUUUGUAAAUUACAUAUAUUGUAAAAAUAUGUGAAUAUAUUCUUCAGUAAUCACUCCCAUGGGAUGUUGAGAAUAUUUUACAGUGAUGCUGACCAGGUGCUGUAUGUAUUUUACGUGAGAAUUGUUACUUCUGCUGGGAUUCACACUUCUGGGCCAUUUGUCUAUCCAGUUCUAUGAAGAAAAUAAAUAACUACUGUGGAUAUAAAACAAA